AUGCUGUGUCUCCGCCUUGCCACACUGCUUGUGCUGGUGCUGGAGGUCAGCCUGGGGGCUGCCUUUCCCCACGACCCCCUGAGGAAGGGCUGCAGCCUGUUCAGGUACAGGCAAAUCGAGAGGGAUGAGAAGGAGGCUGUGAAGAAGAUGCAGAAGGAGUUUCGCAAGAUCAGGCAGCCGGGCCGCAACUGCAACAUCUGGCUCUUCGAUCGGGAGUGGAUGCUGGCACAGCUGUCGGUGCCCGACCGAGUGGUGCUGGUAGAAGCCGAGCUGGACUUCACCAUCAUGAUGCUGCAGCUCUCCACCCACCCCGGCUUCACCAAGACGCGCCAGCGGCCCCUGGACUUCCUCACCCACGCCCGGGAGCAUCUGCGGGGCUGUGUGAGUGCCCCUGCUCCCUCGCAUCAGCCCUCGGGGAAAGUGAGCCAGUGGCUGCAGAACCUGCAGGAGGCCAUGGGAAGGGAGAACAUCGGCUGCCUGCAGGACUACGCCGUCCGCCACGUCCUCGAGGUGCUGGAAGACCUGAAAUGCGCUGCCCUGCAGGAGCAAUGCUCUUAGCCCCCAUCAGUGGCCCCAAAGGACACCCUGAGGACUGGGAAAAACAACUGCUAUUGCAUCGCUGGACUGUACUUCCUAUUUAAGCCUUUUUUCUUACUCAUGUGAGCUCAGAGAACAAUUCUUUUUCACAAUAUUUUAAAUUAUUGGGGUUUAUUGUGCACUUAUAAAUGUCUCAGGAGGAGAUGAAGAAAUGCUCCUCCUGAAAGAACGUAUUUAUUGGAUAUCUUUAUUUUGACGGUUUUC